AUGCAUAAGAUGAAUCAUCUGUGGAAAUACAGUCGGUGUUUUGGUUAUGUUUUCGUACGCCCAGAAUAUCUACACGUAACUUCUGAGUUAGCCGUGUUUAGCCAAGUUCAGAGAGGGAUCAACACAGUUGCUGUGCCAUGUGUCAUCAAUUCUCGCUCUCGCCUUGUGCACACGACCGCUUCAUCGUUCACUCAGCGACUUCUUUCAAGCAAUAAGAUCGUCACCAAUCAACUUCCGUCUGUACGACAAAUAGAACAGUUUCUUUCUUCUAAAAGCAUCAAAUACGAGCACGGUCACACAGCCAUACUCGCACAGUGCAGCUUUUGCGACAAGGGAAAAGACAAAACGAAAAAACAGGAACUCAGUCUAUUUAUAAACAAAACCACAGGGAGCCACUUCUGUAGGAACUGUGGGGCUUCAGGGUCAUGGAGACAGUUAAAGGCCACUGUGUCUGAGAAGCAAAGUGGGAAUAGCAGUAAUGUGAUAAGUGAAAGUAGUCAACCAGCACCCCUGGUCAAGGCAGAUGUCAAAGUGACAGAGCUGUGGAAAGAGGCAUCCCCUCUCUCUAGCUACCCUGAAAAUACCAAAAGACAAGUUCUGGAAAAGUUUUCAGUCCAGAAAUUAUCUGAUGCAUUACUAGAUGAGUAUCAAGUCCAUUUAAUCAUUCACAAGUUUUCUGAGCCGGAUGGCUCUGUGACAGAGCAUUUGUGCUUAGCCUUCCCUUGGUAUGAUGCAAAGAAGCAAGGUGUACAUGGAGUUAAGCUGGUCAAAGUUAACCAGGGCUCUGACAAUAAUGUAUCUCUGCUUCCCAGGCAAGGAUUUCUUGGUAUUUUUGGAUGGAACACUAUUCCUCAAGAAGCAAAAGAGGUUGUUCUAACAUUAAGUGAAUUUGAUGCCAUUGCUGUCCGUCAAGCCACUUCAUAUCCAGCAAUAUCUUUACCACUUGGGACACACACACUCCCACCUGAGGUUUUACCCCAGCUAGAACAGUUUGAACGUAUUAUUCUCUGGUUGGGUAGUGAUGUUCGUUCAAAGCAAGCUGCAAAUCACUUUUCUAGAAAGCUGAACAUCCAAAGAUGUCAUUUUGUCAGACCAAGUGAGGAGAACCCACCAAAUGGUGCUCUAGAUGCUCUAAACAAGGGCUAUGACCUUCAGAAGCUGGUGUCAAGUGCACAGUCCAUCAGCCAUGAGAAGAUAGUCACCUUUCAUCAGCUACGAAACGAGGUCUAUGGGGAACUGGUCAAUUCAGAUCAAGUUGCUGGUGUAAAGUGGAGCCGGUUCCCAAAACUGAAUUCCAUUCUGAAAGGGCAUCGGCGCGGAGAACUGACCAUAUUUACUGGACCAACUGGGGCUGGAAAGACAACACUGUUAAGUGAACUCUCGCUGGAUCUUUGUCAGAGUGGGGUCAACACUCUUUGGGGAAGCUUUGAGAUUCGAAACGUGCGCUUGAUAAAGACGAUGCUCAACCAGCUGUCAGGGAUAAACCUCCAAAAGAACGUGCAGCAGUUCACGUACUGGGCAGAUAAGUUCGAGAUGCUGCCCAUGUAUUUCAUGUGCUUCUACGGCUCUCAGAAUAUCAAUAGCGUCGUUGAGACGAUGGCUCAUGCUGCCUACGUGUACGACAUCGAUCACAUCAUCAUAGAUAAUCUGCAGUUCAUGACAUCAAAUAUAAGGUCAGAUGACAGGUACUCUGUCCACAAUCAGGCGAUUGGGGCCUUCCGAGACUUUGCGAGCACCAAGAAUGUACAUGUAACGCUUGUCAUUCACCCUAGAAAGGAGAACGAUGACGUAGAGCUUCAGACUGCAUCUAUAUUCGGCACAGCCAAGGCAAGCCAGGAGGCCGACAACGUGAUGAUCCUACAGGACAAGCGCGGAAGGAGCGAUAAAUAUUUACAGGUGACAAAGAAUCGCUUCGAUGGAACAGUCGGUCGUAUUCCAUUGGAGUUCGUCAAGGAAUCCAUCUCAAUGUCAGGGUUUGGAAAAUCAGAAUCCACCAAGUCAACGCCAAGAAAGGUAGCCCAGGUAAAGACUACUAAAGUUAUAGCUGACAUCGAUAUGAUCAAUCUAUCGGGACCUGCUCCUAUUGGCAAGGGUACGUUUAGAAGGACAAACACCACCGGAAAUGACACAACAAUAGACGAUGUCCGGGGGGCUGCAGACUCACCUCACCAGUCAGAGAGAAUAGUGAACCCCGCGGAAAAAAGUAGAAAUAGUGAGACUGCAUCGGGGGGUGCUGGUUCCACUAAAACGCCGAGUGAAACGAAGAAGAAUCCCCAAAUGUACCGCUCGCUGCAGGGACGUGUGAUGUCACAGGUGACAACGAGUAAAGCGCCGAUCAGUGGUACUACCGCUGUAAGUAAUAUGGCGAGCACCAAGCAGCAAUCUACUUCCGGUGUCCGCUGGACGAAACGACUUCCGGGUACCAAGCUCCAGGGCAAUGUUCUUAGCGGAAAAGACAGAAAAUAAGAACGGAGGAGCAACCAAAGGGAAUGAGGAUUAUUGUCUGGAAAAAGUACAUCAGGUCGGCAUUUUAUGCUCCCGAAUAAUAAAAGUCACUACUUCAAGCGAAGAGGGAGAUUUUAACAAUUAUUGUUAACUUCAAUUGUCAUAUACCGUCCUGUUUUCACGCGUACGCAGUUGCGACGGAGUGGCUGGGGGACAUCUUAAAGGUUAUUCCGAUGCUGGUACCAAGUCUCGGGGGUAUAAUAUGAAAUAAGCACUUCCGUUCUCUCUGUAAAAUAUGACAUAAUGUAGACCUUUAGGACAAUUAAAUAAAUUAAGUUCUUAUUUUGAAUAAUUUUUUGUCAACCCCAAAACUUUGUAUGAUGUGGAAUCAGAAUCCGAAAAAAUCGUUCGGCUAAAAAUAGCAGCCUUUUCUAGCUGUUUCUUUCCAAGCCGCCAGGAUCACAGUUGUAUCUAAGAAAUAUUGGUUAACAAGAACGUACAUAUUUUUAACUUGAGAACUUUCCAAUAAAACUAUAGCCACAGGGA